UUCACUUCCUAUUGAUUCGCUCCGCCGCAGAUGAUAGACUCUGCUGUAUCAUGUCGUCUUAGUUAGGCUCCACAGACUACUAUCUACCACAUUAAACAUGUUAUUUCAGUGUAAAUCUAAUCGUCGCUCGCCUAUGAAGCUGGUUCUUUGGUUUGUGGCGUGUCUGGGUUGUUUGUCGGUCCGGUCCGGAGCGGAGGAGGACAGCAGCCCGUGGUACCAGGACCUCUGCAGUUAUAAAUGGGAGGCCAUAGACCAGGAUAAUAAAGUGAGCUACACGCUAAAGCUCUGUGAGUCUUCACCAUCAACCAGCUGUGGCCCCACCACCGCUGUCUGCGCCCGGAACCUCACCAGCAAAGCGGACCAGUCUGUCGGUGAGCUGUCCCUGCAGAAGCUCUCUGGCACAGUGCUGGAUUACAACAGCACAGAAAAAUGUCCGGGAAGCAAGAACAGCAUUCACGCCAGCAUCAGCUUCCAGUGUGGGAAAACCAUGGGGACCCCGGAGUUUGUCACCGUGUCUCAGUGUGUGCAUUACUUUGAGUGGAGGACCUUCACUGCCUGCAAGAAAGAUAAAUUCAAACCACCCAAAGAGGUGCCCUGCUAUGUGUUUGACUCGGACGGUAAGAAGCACGACCUCAACCCUCUGAUCAAAGUGAAAGAUGGCUAUCUGGUGGACGACGGUGACGACACCAUCGAUUUCUACAUCAACAUCUGCCGGAGUCUCAGCCUCAACCGACCAAACCAAACGUGUCCAGAGGGCUCUGCAGCCUGCCUGGUCACCAGUCAGGGCUCCUACAACAUGGGCUCUCCUACCAGACAGCUGGAGCUGCUGUCCAACGACAGACUGAGGUUACAGUAUGAAGUCAGUGCCAGUCAGUCUCCUCCACCCAUCUGUAAUGGACACAAUCCUGCCGUCACCAUCACUUUCAUCUGUCCAUCGAGCAGGCAUUCAGGCAGCCCUCCUAAAAUGACUGCAGAGUCGAACUGUCGUUACGAGGUGGAGUGGGUGACUGAAUACGCAUGUCACAGAGACUAUCUGGAGAGCCAUACCUGCAAACUGACCAGCGAACAGCACGACAUCUCCAUCGACCUAACGCCUCUCACGUUGACCUGUGAUUAUUCAGACGGGGAUCUGACUCUGAUCUACCCAGAUGGCAGCAGAUGCUCUACCGGCUUCCAGAGAAUGACCAUCAUCAACUUUGAAUGCAACAAGAAUGCAUCUAACAGUGGGCAUGGGACUCCAGUUUUUGCGGGGGAGACAGACUGCACUUACUACUUUGACUGGGAGACGGCAUUCGCCUGCGUCAAGGAGAAGGAGGAUCUACUGUGCCGAGUCAGAGAUAACAACAAACAUUACGACCUUUCACCCCUCACAAGAUACCCCGGGUCAGAUGUCGGUGAGAACUGGGAGGUUGUGGAUGCUAAAUCUCCAAAGCCGGACUCCCGUUUUUUCCUAAAUGUCUGUCACAAAGUCCUCCAGACAGGAGCGGCUGCCGGCUGCCCACUGAAUGCCUCCAUCUGUGCCGUGGACAAGCAUCACAGGGCCAUCAGUCUGGGCAGCUUCCUGUCAUCUCCCCAGAGGACUAAAAUAGGAAAUGACAUCAGACUGGUGUAUACUGAUGGAAGUUUUUGCAUCAAUAAAAAGACGAGGAUCCAAACUAUCCUGACACUCAAGUGCAAACCAGGAGAUCUGGAGAGCGCUCCUGUCCUUCGUAGCGUUUCGUCUGACGGAUGUGUUUACGAGUUGGAGUGGUACACGGCUGCCGCAUGCGUCCUCUCGAAGAUUCAGGGAGACGACUGCAAGGUGGAGGAUCCUCAGGCUGGGUUCUCUUUCGACUUGUCGCCUCUCUCCAAAGCCGAUGGGGGCUUCUACAAUCUGACCAGCGACCACUAUGACUACUACAUCAACGUCUGUGGUACCGUCAAAGCUGCCAGCUGUCCUGAAAAGUCCGGAGCAUGCCAGGUGGAAAAGAGUUCAUGGAGUCUUGGGAGAGAAAACUCCCGUCUGUCGUACUACGACGGCCUGAUCCAGCUGACGUACAUUAACGGCUCCCAGUACAACAACAAAGAACACACUUUCAGAUCCACACUCAUCUCCUUCCUGUGUGACCCAGAAGCCGGAGCUGGAAAACCCGAAUUCCAGGUCGAGGACAAUUACACUUACAACUUCCGCUGGUAUACAUCCUACGCUUGUCCCGAACGGCCUCAUGAGUGUUUGGUGACCGAUCCCGACACUCUUGAGCAGUACGACUUAUCCAGCUUGUCACGCUCCACCUCCGGUAGCAACUGGCAGGCCAUGGAUUUGUCAGACACCUCGAACCUGAAGAAGUACUACAUCAACAUAUGUAGGCCUGUCAACGCUGUACCAGGCUGCGACCGCCAUGCGUCCAUCUGCCAGAUGAAGUACAUAUCCGAGCAGGGCUCUCCAAAGGAGGUUGUAUCAGUCAGUAACAUGGGUAUCUCCAAGCGAGGGCCGAUCAUUGAGGGGCGAGGCCGUCUGCUGCUGGAGUUCACAGACGGCUCGGUCUGCAUGUCAGACGGCCAGAAGCUCACAUACACAACACGCAUCCACCUGGUCUGCUCCAAAGGAACUGUGUCAAUGGGGCCGCGGUUCCUGGUGUACCAGAACUGUACUGCCAACUUCAUGUGGGAGACCAGGGCAGCCUGUGCCAUCAAAACCACAGAGAACAAUAGCUGUUCUGUGGUGGACCCCAACACUGGCUUUGAGUUCAACCUUCAGCUUUUGGCUUCUAAGACUGGGUACAAGACAAAUGCGAACGGCAAGGACUUCCUGGUGAACAUCUGCUCAGACGUGGCAGAAUGCGGUCAGGGCAUGGCUGGCUGUGAGCUGGAAGAAGGGCAUCCCUCCAGCCCAGUGGGGGUGGAGAAGACCCUCCAGUACUCCACCGACGGACUUCUCACGCUAACGUAUAAGGGAGCUCUGGACGAGCCCACAGCAACUCGGGACACCUUCACCAUUAAUUUUGUGUGUGAUCCAAACUCUCACCCUGGCUCAUUGAAACUGCUUCGUGAGGACAUGAGUUCUUUACCUCACCACGUGGUCCACGACGUCUUCUUUGAGUUCUCCACUGCUCUGGCCUGCGUGCCUGCUCCAGUUGACUGCCAGAUCAUUGAUUCCCAUGGUAAUGAGUACGACCUGAGUCACCUGAUCCGGGAUGGAGAGGACAGCCCCUGGAUCGCCAUAGAUACAGAUGCUGUCAAAUCACGCAGCUUUUACAUCAACGUCUGCAAACCUCUUCCUCCUCUGAACAACUGUCCAGUGGGUCCUUUGGGUGCUUGUGGCGUGAUUGAUGGGAAGAGUUACAACCUGGGUUACGUCCAGUCCAGACCGCAGGUGGCGGAGGACGGCUCCAUCAGCAUCAUGUACCAGAACGGGGACCAGUGUGGUUCCGCAUCGCGCUACUCAACGCGCAUCAUCUUGCAGUGUGAUGACCACCCAGGCUCCCCCAUGUUUGACCGUAUAGAUGGUUGUGAAUAUGUCUUUAUUUGGAGGACAUCUGAGGCCUGCCCCAUCACGAAGUCUCAAGGUGAUAACUGCCGUGUUCGUGACCCCAAGAGUGGCUUUGAGUUUAACCUGAGCUCCCUGAAGGGUCAAGAUUACUCCAUCCGCAGUGAUGCCUAUAUCUACCACCUGUCUGUGUGCGGGGGGCUCAAGAGAGGCAUCUGCACCCACAUAGACACAGGCAGUGAAUCGGUCUCCUCCUGCCAGGUGAAGGGAGAAAACCACAAGAUUGCAGGAUUGGCAAACCAGGUUCUGAGUUAUGUGGGAGACCAGCUCCUCCUGAACUACACUAAUGGAGAGGUCUGUCACAAGAUAUACAAUAGAUCCACCGAGAUCUACUUCUCCUGCCACCCUGACAGGGAUCCUGGAACGCCAGAGUUCAUCAAGGAGACUCCAGACUGUACCUACCUGUUCAGAUGGCCCACUGCUCUGGCCUGCAUCCCAGUCAAAACCAGCAGCUGCUCCUACAAUGAUGAUCAGGGCCACUCGUACGACCUCUCCCCGCUGGCUAUGAACUCUCGAAACUGGGAGGUGGAGCACCACACGGGGGACACGAAGACUCGUUUUUAUAUCAACGUCUGCAGGUCACUGGUGCAGCAGGGAGGUCCAUGGAAGUGUCCCUCCAGUGCGGCGUCCUGUGUGAAGGUUGGCGAUGACUAUGUGAGUCUGGGGCAGGUGGAGUCUGGUCCUACAUGGGACAGACAUGUUCUGAAGCUACAGUACACCAGCGGCCAGGCGUGUCCCGAUGGAAGCCGCAACAGGAGCAGCAUCAUCCGCUUCAAGUGUGACAAAGACAAAGUGGACUCCCGGCCUACUCUGAUCUCAGCCAUUGAGGACUGUGUGUACACCUUCCUCUGGUUAACAGCUGCUGCCUGCCCUCUAAACAGCACCCAACACAACAACUGCAUGGUCACCAACCCUGCUACAGGUCAUUUGUUUGAUCUCAACUCCCUGACAAAGGAAGGAGGUUACACCGUGUACGAUCAUGAGGAACACAGGAAGAUGUUCCGCAUGAACAUCUGUGGAAGCGUUCCCAAUACUGGAUGCAUCCCUGAAACCGCUGUGUGUAUUAAGGAUGCCACGACUGCGGUGAGCGGCGGUUAUGUGAGCAGCAAACUCUCAUACAAGGAUCACGUUCUGGAGCUGACGUACGAAGAAGGAAGUCCCUGCCCAGCAAACCCCGACCUCAAACACAAAACCAUCAUCAACUUCAUCUGCAGGCCAGCUAACAUGGGCUCGGCCCCUUCAGAGCCUGUUCUCAUCGACACCGACGCUGAGACUUGCACGCACUUCUUCUCUUUCCACACACACCUGGUCUGCGAACAGCCAGUAAAGUGUUCGGUCCAGAGCGGCUCUGCUCUUAUUGACUUGACUCCCCUGAUUCAUGUCAGUGGAUACUACACAGCAACAGACGAGACAGUGGACCUAAGUGACGGAUCUCCAGACUUCUACAUCAACAUCUGUCAGCCUCUAAAUCCCAUCCCCGGGGUCACCUGCCCCGCUGGAGCUGCCGUUUGUAUGGAUCCUGAUAAUGGACCUCCUGUGGAUUUAAAAAAAUGCACAUUGAGCCAUUUCGAGAUCAAUACAGUAACAGGGGAAGUAUUCAUCACUUACAACAGCUCCACCAAGUGUGCGGCAGAUCCCGCACAGAACUACACUUCGACCAUCAUCUUUACCUGCCAGAGAGGCCUGGAGCUGGGUUCUCCACAAAUGCUGAGGCUGCAGGAAUGUGUCUAUUUGUUUGAGUGGGCGACCCCUAUAGUCUGUUCAGACGCCACCCACACAAACUCCAGCGGUUGCCAGCUCACAGACUCCCAGCUCCAGUUCACCUUUGACCUGUCCACCCUCUCUGGUGACGUCCAGGUACCGGCGGGCUCCAGUAUCUACCACAUCAAUGUCUGCGGCUCCGUGGCAGAGCCGGCCUGUAAAAAGAGCACAGUUUGCCGGGUGUCUGGUUCUGGUUCAGACAAGUCAGCCUCAUCGUUUGGCAUCAGCAAGGCCAUGACGAUGGACUUCAAACAUGACGAGCAGGCCGUACUGAUGCAGUACGGUGGAGGAGAUGCAUGUCCACCAGUGACCAAUGAGGGUGAAGUGUGUGUGUUCCCCUUCACUCUCAUGAAGAAGUCGUACACAGAGUGCACCAAAGAGGGAAGGACAGACGGCAAGAUUUGGUGUGCGACCACUGCCAACUAUGACACGGACAAGAAGUGGGGAUUCUGCAAUGCAGUUUCUGGUAAGCGUCAGUCCUCUAUAUUGUUUACCUGCGACCAGUCUGCAGGCCACGGCUCGCCACAGCUGCUCUCGGAGACGGAGGGUUGUUCGGCCACUUUUCAGUGGCGCACCAGUGCUGUUUGUCCACCGGUGAAGAUGGAGUGUAAGCUGGUCAGCCAGCAUCAGACCUUCGACCUCCGAACCCUCUCCUCCCUCACUGAGCCGUGGAAGUUUAGCCACCAAGGAGAUUCGUAUUAUAUCAACCUGUGUCAGGGCAUCCACGGUGGGUUGCCAGAUUGUCCUGCAGGAGCAACCGUGUGCCGACGCUCAGCAGCAGGAGUGACCCAGACCCUGGGCCGAGUUUAUACUCAGAAAAUGAGCUACACUGAUGGAAAGAUCUCUGUCAGUUACUCAGCGGGGGAAGCUGUCUGUGGUAACGGCGUGAAGGCCAAGACUGUGAUCCAGCUGAGCUGUGGCUCCACUGUUGGACAUCCAGCACUCAUCAGUGUUGAUGAGGCUUCAUGCGAGUUUGUGAUUGGCUGGGAGACUCGCUCGGCGUGUGCGGUGAAGCAGCGUGAGGUGGUGAUGGUGAAUGGGACGAUACAGGUUCCUGACACUGGAGCCAGUCUCAGUCUGGGAGCGCUCUACUUCAGCCAGCAUCAGGCGUCCGGAGACAUCCGUCCAAAUGGCGACCGCUACAUUUACCACAUUCAGUUGUCCGGCAUCACCAACAACUCCCUGCCCACCUGUCUCGGUGCCAACAUCUGCCAGGUCAAACUCGACGCACCCUACAGACGCAGGAUUGGCUCCUCCAGCAAGGCCAAGUACUACAUUAAAGGAGGAAACCUAGAUGUGAUGGUGCCCUCUGAGUCGACAUGUGGGCGAGAGAAAACCAAAAUGGUGUCCUCCACCAUCAUGUUCCACUGUAACCCCUUGGCAGGUGUCGGCAUCCCCGAGUUUAUGCUGGAGACGGAUGAAUGCCAGUAUCUGUUUGUGUGGCACACCGACGCUGUGUGUGGUCUCACAACUGUUAACGCACAGACAGAUGACGGCGACAGCAGCGAGACUUCACCCAGGCGAAGCAAGGCAGCGGGGGUGAUGCUGAGCAUCCUGUUGGUGGGUCUGUGUGUCUGUCUGCUGGGGAUUUUACUCCACAAGAGAGAGAGGAGAGAGCUGGUGAUCCAGAAGGUUGCUGGCUGCUGCAGGAGAGGAAACCAAGUCUCCUAUAAAUAUUCAAAGGUCAACAUGGACGAAGAAGGGGGUGAAGAAGAGAUGGAGUGGCUGAUGGAGGAGCUCGAAGCCCCUCCCACCUCCUCUUCCUCAUCUACCCACCGAGGGAAGGGUAACCACGGCAACGGUCACAUCAAGACCAAGCCGGUGAACACGGACGGCCUGCGUUCGUUCUCGCUGGACGAGCAGGACGAGGACGACGACAGCGAGGACGAGGUGCUGAGCGUCCCGGGGGUGCGGGUGGUCAAAUCCUUGGGACUCUCCAGGCACUCUUCAGCCCAUCACAGCCCCUUCCUUCAGGAGGAGAGCGACGAGGACCUGGUCGGCCUCCUGGACGAGUCAGAGAGGAAGAGGAAGAGCAAGAGCAGCAAGCCUCGCUCCUCAGGCCUCAAUCACGGUAACAACACGGCAGGCAAUAGGAAACGGGACGAGGAUGACAGUGACGAGGACCUCCUCAGGGUGUGAUGUCACUUCCUCUAUCCCCCUCCUACCGACAACCAAUCUGAACUCUUCUCUCUCUCAGUGAAUGUCUCCAUAACAGCAACAAUGAAAUACCAACAACAUAGAAAGCAGAAAACCUUUCCUCUCUUAUGGGAUUUUUGUUUUGGUGGACUGCACCUUCACUCGGCCUCAGACUCUCUCCAGUCCACUGUCUGCGGACUGUCGAUGUUGGCACAUGGGUUCUUAUUUAUUGAUAGCUGAUUAUUUGUGUAAUUCUGAAAUGAAAUAAUAAGUUACUAUAGUUACUUCAGUCUUACCACGAUUCUCUAAUAAAAAUGAACCCCAGAGGCACAAUAAGCUUUCUCAACGUGUUGACUCUGCAAUGAGGCAUGUCAGUGAAAAGAUGUCAGUUGAAAUAUUUUUCCUUUCUUCUAGAGUUUUUUUUAAAUGAAUUUGUGCCAUUGCUUUAGCACUUUAUCGUAGCAUUGAUUAACUGACAAUAAUGCUGUCGACAUGUCUUAUUGCAGACACGGAAAAGAAAACUUGGGCUACAUUUGGAGUUGAUUUUUGGUUUAGAUUUUUAAUCUCCAGGGCUGUAUUUCAUAACUGUGGUGAGACGUACAGUUAAGUAGCUCAAUAGUGAAACAAUUCCGCAGAUUUUGGGAUAAAAACAACAGCUAUCAAAGAAACGAGAAGGGAGGAAAUGGGUUCAGUUCCCUGGACGGCGGCAGUGAAGGUGUCGGCUCGUGUUGUUUGAAAAAGGGAAUGAAGACACCGUUUCUUUUCUUGCUUUUUACAGUUGCUAUAAUAGCAGAUGUUUCCUCUUUCUUUCCCCUCGAAAAGAAAGCGCAAUGCCUUCCUGAUGAUGAACUUACUUAGCAUUUUCAUCGAUGAAUCAUGUCCGAUGACAAAUUGAUAUUUUUUUGUGUCUUGCUUUGAUCAGAGACGUUGUACAUAGACGAUAAUGUUCAAUAAUAUGGACUGUUUGUUUGUUGUCUUCACCGGUGAAUUGCUCACACAUUUUGUUUUUAUGAUUAUUUAAAUUGUUGUCUGAUCCGUCCGAAUCUCUGUUCUGUUUCGAAAAAUAGAGAUGGCCUUAAGUGUGAAUGGAUGGUCGACGAGGACAGAGGUUGAAAGUGAAACUUGAGGUGUUGGUUUAGGUUGUGUGUCCCCCACCCCCCCUCCCGCCAAAGCCAUAUUUCUCCUGCCACCGCUGGCACUAAUGUAUGGAAGUUGGGAAUUAUGUUUUCCGCUUGCACACUCUCGUACAUUAAAGUCUCAGUUUUGGUAUUCAGGUCUGUGAUUGUGGAUGUUGCUGCAUAAAAAGUGAGAUUUGAACUCGGUAAAUCCAAGUUUUUGCAGUGCCGUAAUCAGCCAUUUUUAGCCAAAUGCAUGUCACGAUAAGACAAAAGAAAGAAGAAAAGCAUUAAUGUAUCAAGAAUGCAGGCAGUUUACUUACGUUUUAGACAUUUUCUGCUUAAUAAUCAAACGAGUAUUUUUACAAAAGAUGUCUGUGAUGAUAGGAGAUGCAAGGCCUGAGAUAUUUUGGUAACGUACCGGUGAAUCAAACUGACUGCAGCGUUGCCACAUAAGAGUGAUGUGAGUAAGCCUACACAGUAUAAACACAGAGUAUUUGUGUGCCGUCCCACUUGCAGGUUUUUCUCUUUGGUCCCAGACAAAGAAGUCGUUGCGAAGUUGGCGUCUUUUAAGUUUACACAAUUAGGAAGCAGACUUGGUGAAUUUACAAACUCACAAAUAGCUAAUGAAAAUAUCCUUUAGUUGCAGACUAUCCAUCUACUUAUAUCAGUAAACAUGGAAUGGGACUUUCAGUAAAUGCACAACCCUGGGAGAACACCUAUUGAUUUUGUAUUGAUUUGCAAUCAUAAACAUAGAGUACUCACACAGACUAAAUAUGUAUUAGAUAUGGUUUAGUUUUUUAGUUUUUUUGAGUGUUCAAUCCACGGAAAAUAAAAAUUUAUUUAGUAUUUAAUUAGUUAAUAAUUGCUAUUGCGAAAAUUUCAUAUCAAUCAAUAUAGAAGGGUCACCAUUCAGGGUAUUUUUAAAGCUUUCUACACACGUUUUUGUAGGAUGCCACUUGUCCAAAAAAUGACAAAAGGAUAAAAAAAUAAAUAAAAAUCUUGAAAUUGGAAAUUAUUUUAUAAGGAUAAGUUUGGGAUACGCCAUAAUAUUUAACAAAUAGAGAACAUCAUCAUGCUCCUGUCCCUGCGCUGUGGGUGUUCAGUAACUUGUUUUACUGUGUUAUUAUCUCUGUGAUCACUAACUAAAAUGGAACUUUUCAGAAGCAAUUUUUUUCUGCUAAAAUUGUCAGACUCCAAAAAGGUCAAGAAGAACUAAAGCUCUGAUCACAUUAUCUCAUCAUGUAAUCUGUUCAUUUUUGAAGGUCUGUUGUAGCCAUAUCAUAACGACUCAUCUGAAAUUGUUUUACUCAAAGUGAAAUCUACUUUUUGAGAGCUUGAACAACGAGGUGCAGGUUUCCAAAGAACAGUUCAAUUAGUGCAGUUACAAGUGAAAUGUCAACUCUCCAUAUUUAUUAUUACAUUAACCUUUAGAAGUCCAGCAAGAGUCGAAAUGAAAUCAAGCUUAUUGUUGGCUGACUUUCAUUUUAAACAUUUAUUCAGCAUGUGGACCUCAGCGGUUUUUACUUGCUGACCCUGUUAGGAGCUUUGAACUACAUCUACCUGUGUUUGGCACUUUGUAUUCAACUCAUGUUUCCGGAGGAGACGUCGUAGCACUCCUCAUUACAGAGAAGCAGAUGGUAGCGUUUAGUAUGCGUAGUCCCUUUUUAUUUUUUUGCCAUUGUUGCAUAACGUCUGUUUCUGCUGUAUUUAGCGACCAAAGUUAGUGCGGCUCAUCUGCAUGGUACUGUACUGAACCUUCUCGUUCCUAUGGAGAUAUUAAUGGACAUUCUUGUGCUUUUUUUGUCAACGCACGAGCAGAGAACCGCUUUGGGUUAGUUGAAACUAAUUCAGAGUUUAACUCAGACAAACAAGCUUGGAGAAUGUAAUGACUAAUAAAGCACAAGAACUUUUCUGUGAUGAUUCGGUACUAUGGGAGAUCAUUCUUAUGUUUUAGUUGGUGUAAGUUAUAUUGUCUGAUAUGUUUUCUCAGCUCUACUGCUUGUUUUCCUAUUUAAAGAAACAUUGAUGUAAAAAAUAUUGCAUUAUUUGAAUAAAUAACAUCCGCUGUUUA